CCGCCGUCCAAAUCGUGGCGCUGGUUUUCACGAGCACCGCGACCAGACACCAAUGCGCACGCGCACAAAUGCCGAUCGCGUUUUUUCCCCCGUGCGUCUAUUCCAAAGACAAUAACCAAACAACGCGAACCGUAUACGACAUACACAUUUUUACAUAUAUAUGUUUCGUUUAUUAUUUUCCGAUUUUCGUCGUUUUGUGUAUUUAUUUUUUUACCCGUUUUCGUUUUUUGCGUGUGUACUGCGCACGCCGGUCGCUAAUGGUGGUCGCGCCGUCAUCGUCGUGAUACAUUAACAACAAUAACAACAACAAAACUCAUUGCCGCGGCAGCUGCCGUUGCCGUUGCCGCCACCGCCGCCGAUACAGACACCGACAACAGUGGUGCGGUACUUAAUCACAAAACGCUUGUUCCGGCAGUGUCGGCAUCCGAUGUGAUAUUCAACGUGUUUAGCGGCAACCGAUAAAACACCGAAAAACGAGAUGGCUUCGGACGAGGAAAUCGACGAGUCAUUUACCGGUAAUUAAUAAUUAUUGCUCUUGCAGCGCGUUCAUCCCGACACCCGCCGGCCGCCUCCGCGGUCCUGUCCGGCCGACGGUUUUUGACGCCGGCAGACGUUUUUCGCAAACCUACCGAACCGUCGUUACAGUCCGGCGCCAGCACCCGCGUUCUCCCCACGAUGCUAAUUACCUCAUUAGGGGACAUGCCGUUAAUACAUUUUCGCAAAUGGGGCCAACCGUAAACAAAAUGGUGGAGCGCGCUUUGUGCCGCCAGAUUACGGUUACCUACCUAUCAGCCGUGCUAUCAACGAUUAUUAUUUUAAUUAUUGUACUCUAUUAUAGUCAUUGUAAGCCGCCUUUCUAUCAUUGUCUAUUGAACGACCAAGAUUUAACCUGUCGAAUUGACGGUUUUGAAUAUUUUUUUAUCUCCAAAUUUUGUUGAGAGUUGUAGAUUUUUGUUUCAAAAUAUUUAAGGUUUAAUGAAUUUUAUCGUUAUUAUUUUCCAUCUGUUAGUUUUGUUUUCAGCAGCCCACAAAUUAUUUCCUUAAUCCUUAUCAAUUCUUGUUAGGAUACGUUGAAUUAUCUCCAUAACAAUACAUUUUAUUUUGUCUGUAAAAGUACAUACCUAUAUUUUAGUGCCUGUGAUGAUCCAUUCGGGUAAUCGAUUAACAUACCAAUAUAUGUUGUACUUAUGUUAAACUGUUGCACAAAAAAAAUGCGUUUUUUUUUAUUUUUAGAAAAUAGAUAAAUAAUAAGUUCAUUUGUUUGUUACAUUUAUGUACCUAUGAUGAAAUUAAUCAAUAAAUAUAUAUGUCCUAGGUAGGUACCUAUUAUAAUAUAGAGCCAUCCAAAUUAUUUAUAAAAAUCAGUAACAACUAACACUACCUGCAUACAAAUGUACUUAGUGUCAAUGUAACUAUUAAAUAAUCUAUGUUAUAUCUAUUAAUGAUACUUGAAUUUUCUAUAAAUAUUUGAAUGACCAAUUUAUUUAUUACAUUAUCCACAAAUCUUUAAGUUUUUGACCACUUUUAUUAGAUACCUAUUUAAUUCUUAGAAAUUAUAAACUUUUGAUAAAUUAUAUUUUUAAUUAUACAAUCUUUUAAAAUAAACAUCAAUGCAAUUGUAUUACAUUAAUAUUUCAUAAUUUAAGUAGGUACCAUGAUAAGUUUAGAUUAAAUUGUUAUUGCUAAAAUAUUUAAUUUUAUUUCUAUUUUCGUUUAAAUUUAAAUUGUCUUGAUUGAUGUUUUGAGCCUAAAUGAAUUGAACUGAGAAAGUACAAAGAGUACUUAAUGUCUAUUUCAUAUAUUGAACAAAAUUAGUACAAGUAGCCAAUAUUUAUAUUUAUUAUAUAUUAUGAUUUUAGAAGAAUAUGACGAACCAUCAAGUCGUGUAGAAAACUCUUUUGAUUCUGAAGAAGAAAAACGAGUAGAGGUCAGUGCUAAAAUUGCUUGUCUAUUUGUAUACCUAUUAUAAUUGUUUAUCACAGUUUUAAUAUAACUAAUAGUUAAUGCAUGUUUAAUUGGCCCAAUUUAUUAUUUUAUUUUAGGAGGAAGAUGAUGAAUAUGAUCCUGAUGGCCGUAAAAAGAAAAGAGGUAAAAAACGAAAAGCAAAGAGUGAUUCCAAAAAAGAAAAAAAACGAAAGAAAAGAAAAAGGGGUGGAGAUAGUGCUGAGGUAUUAUUUACAAUACUUGAUUAAAUUUAAAUUAAAUGUGGUAAUUUUUAUUUUUAUCUAUUUAGGAAAGUGAUUUUGGUAAUUUUGAAGAAGAAACUACCGUAGCUAAUGAUUCAGAUUAUUCAAAUCGUAAGUCUAAGAAAUCUAAAAACUCAUCUUCGAAACACCAUCAACCGAGUACAGCAAGUGCAUCUCAAGAUAAUAAUGGCAGUAAGAUAUAUAUUUGAAUAUGAUGUGAUACUUAUAAAUAAUUGUUGAAUGGUUUGUUUUAGCUGGAAUGCCUUCAGUUGAAGAAGUUUGUCAAACAUUUGGAUUGCAAGAUGUUACAAUUGACUAUUCUGAUGCUGAUUAUCAAAAUUUGACCACUUAUAAAUUAUUUCAGCAACAUGUUAGACCUAUUCUUGCCAAAGAAAAUCCUAAGGUAGUAAUUUUGUUUUAUUAUUUAUAAAUAUGAUAUAACAUAGUAUAUAUUUACAGGUUGUGAUAGCCAAAAUGAUGAUGUUAGUUGCUGCAAAGUGGCGUGACUUCUGUCAGCAAAAUCCUCAUCAAGAACAACCAGAAUUUGAAGCAAAUGAAGAGCCUGAAUAUCAACCGAAAAGUUCUACUUCGAGACAUAAGGUGUGUAUUGUAUAAAAUUUAAUACCUUUAAUUGAAAAUAAGAGUUUAUUUUAUAAAAUUAAAUAAUGUGCUUAAUUAUAAUUAAAAGAACAUAAUGCAUUAGUUGCGUAUUGUUAAAUUUUAUAUCAGUACAUGUAUAUAAAUUAGUAAUGUUUUUUUAUUUUAUUAAUAUUUCAGUCAAGGUCAGUGGAGGAACUAGAUGAAUUAGAAGAAGAGGAAGAAGUAGAAGUUGAAGUAGAAGAAAAGAAAAGUAAAAAACGAAGUAAUCGUGGUAAACGUAGUGGUGGUGGUGGUGGCAAUAAAAAAAAUUCUCAAGGAUCCACCUCUAAAGUUCCCACAUUAAAAAUUAGGCUUGGAAAACGCAAACAAGCAAGUUCUGUUAGUUUAAACUGAAAUUAAUUUCUUAGGAAAUUAUGAAAAGUUUAUUUGUUGUAUUAUUUGUUUUUUUUAAUUUUUUACUUAUUGUUUAGGAUGAUGAUGCUGAUGGCGCUGGUGGUGGAGAUACUCAGGGUGAUUCCGACGCCGAGUUUGAGCAAAUGCUUCAAGAUGCGGAAGAAGGUGCAGCUGCUGAUGCUGAAGUUGCUGAUAAAAAAGUAGAAGAUCCUGAUGCACCUAAGAAGAAAGCAAAAACUAAAAUUGGCAAUAAGUCCAAGAAAAAGAAAAAGACAAAGCUGACUUCAAAGUUUCCUGAUGGUAAUGGUGAAGGAGAAGAUGGAUAUGAGGUAAUUUUGCAACUUCAUGAUAUUUACAUUUAAUAUAAUGUAAUACAUUUAAUGUGUACACUUUUUAGCAAACAGAUCAUCAAGAUUAUUGUGAAGUCUGCCAGCAAGGAGGAGAAAUAAUUUUAUGUGAUACUUGCCCAAAAGCAUAUCAUCUUGUCUGUUUAGAUCCUGAAUUGGAAGACACCCCUGAAGGAAAAUGGUCUUGUCCACAUUGUGAAAGUGAAGGAGGUCAAGAACAAGAAGAAGAUGAACAUCAAGAAUUUUGCAGGUAAAUACCCCCUUAAAUCAAAUAUUAAAAUUUCUAAAAAUGUAUAUGGUAGUAAACUUGAAUAAAUUAUUUAUAUAUUUCUAAGAGUAUGCAAAGACGGAGGAGAACUUUUAUGCUGUGAUUCGUGUCCUGCAGCUUAUCAUACUUUCUGUUUGAGCCCACCUAUUACUGAUGUACCAGAUGGUGAUUGGAAGUGUCCUCGAUGUUCGGUAAGAAUCAAGAAACAUUUUGCAUUUAAACAAUUUACUAUUAUGAUUAUAAUGAUUAUUAUGAUACUGUUAGGCGAAACCUUUACCAGGUAAAGUAUCGAAGAUUUUAACUUGGCGUUGGAAACCAAUACCAGAAGACCCCAAUAAACCAGCUGAUGAACAAUCUGAAAAAGUUAAUAGACGGCGAAAUAAGCAACAAAGACAACGAGAGUAUUUUGUGAAAUGGCAAGAUCAAAGUUACUGGAAAUGUGAUUGGGUGUCAGAAGUUCAAGUAAAUAAUAUUCUCUAUCAUCUAUUAUUCUGCUCAAUUCUAUACAAUUAAAUUGAUUAAAUAGAUGGAAGUUUUUCAUCCAAUUACUGUUCGAAGUUACAUGCGUAAAUAUGAUAUGGAUGAGCCACCUAAAUUAGAAGAGCCAUUAGAUGAAUUGGACAAUAGAUGGAAAAGACUUCGUGAAGUUGGAGGUGACCAAGCUGCUUUAGAAGAAAAAUAUUACAGGUAAAUCAUUAAUUUUAAAAAUAUUUUGUUUAUUUAACUAAAAAUAUAUACAAAUAAAUAUUUUAGAUAUGGAGUAAAACCAGAAUGGCUCCUAGUCCAUAGAAUUCUAAGCCAUAAGCAUUUAAGAGAUGGUCGAAUGAUGUAUUUAGUUAAAUGGCGAGAUUUACCAUAUAACUUAGCAACAUGGGAACAUGAAAAUCUUGAUUAUACCGAUUUAAAAUCAUUUGUAGAUUAUUAUUGGGUAAAUUUUUUUAUAUAAAAUAUUUUUUGUACUAAAAUGUAUUAUUGUUAUUUUUUUUUUUUUUUAGGAAUUACGGGCAUCUUGUGAUUCCUCAAAGAAAAACAAAAAAGUGAAAUCAAAAAAGAGUAGCAGUAAAAAAGAUUCUGUCGAAGAUGAAGAAACACCAAAAGCUACAGUUGGACUUACAUGGUAUUUACUUAUUUCAUUAUCAACAAUGCUACAUUUGCUUAAUAUUGGAACAUUAUUUUGACUAUAUUUUUUUUUUACCCAUUGUGUUUAUAACUUUUAUUAAAUUGUUAUAAAACUUAGUUCUUAUUCUAAGUGUGAAUUAAUUACUAGAUUACAUCUCACUAUGGUGUAGCUUCAUAAAAUAAGUUAUUAAACUAAUUAUAAAUCAACAAUUUGGAUGGAAUAAUUAUUAUUUGCCAUAUACAUUUAUAUGACGAAAUAGAAGUAUAACAAUUUCGACUUUUAAUUUUACUAUCGAACAUAAUAGCAAUUAAAAAAAUCUAUAUGAUUCAUUAAUAUUUUAAUAUUUUUCUUAGUAUAACAUCUAUUAUUUAUUAUUUUCAGUCGUAAAUUUGUAGGAGCGCCUGAUAAACCAGUAUCAGAUUUAAAAAAGAAAUAUGAAAAACAACCUGAUUAUGUAGCAGAUACUGGUAUGGAAUUGCAUCCUUAUCAGUUGGAAGGUUUGAACUGGUUAAGAUAUUCUUGGGGCCAAGGCAUUGAUACUAUAUUAGCUGAUGAAAUGGGUCUUGGAAAAACCAUUCAAACUAUAACAUUUUUAUAUUCUCUUUACAAAGAAGGACAUUGUAAAGGUCCGUUUUUGGUGAGUAAAACAACAUACUAAUGUAUAAGUUUUAUUUACCUAAUAUUUAUAUGUAUAUAUGUUUUAUUUAAUUAAGGUGAGUGUACCAUUGUCAACACUUAUUAAUUGGGAGCGUGAAUUUGAAACAUGGGCUCCAGAUUUUUAUGUGGUGUCAUAUGUAGGAGAUAAAGAUUCCAGGGUAACAAUUAGAGAAAAUGAAUUUUCAUUUGACGAUUCUCGCUCUGGUGUGCGUUGUCAUAAGAUAAAAGGCAAUGUUAAAUUUCACGUGUUGCUUACAAGUUAUGAAUUGAUUUCCAUAGAUGCCCCAUUAUUGGGUUCAAUUGAAUGGGCUGUAUUGGUUGUAGACGAAGCUCAUAGGCUCAAAAGCAAUCAGUCCAAAGUAAUUACUCAUUAAUUUAUAGUAGAUUAUUGUUAUUUGGUCUAAUCUAUGGAAUAUAGUUUUUCAGACUUUUGGCUGGUUACAAUAUACGCAAUAAGCUACUUUUAACCGGAACUCCUCUGCAAAAUAAUCUAGAAGAAUUAUUUCAUUUACUAAACUUUUUAACACCUGAGAAAUUUAAUGAUUUAACUGUUUUUCAAAAUGAAUUUGCCGAUAUUUCUAAAGAAGAACAAGUGAAACGUCUUCAUGAAAUGUUAGGGCCUCAUAUGCUCAGAAGAUUGAAGGCCGAUGUUUUAAAAGUAAUUUUUUUAUUUUAUUGUCCAACCAAAUAUUUUGUUACUAUUAAAUAUUAAUCUCAUUUUAGAAUAUGCCUUCAAAAUCUGAAUUUAUUGUACGUGUUGAGCUAUCACCAAUGCAAAAGAAGUAUUAUAAAUAUAUAUUAACGAGAAAUUUUGAAGCGUUAAAUCCAAGAGGUGGUGGACAACAAGUGUCCUUAUUAAAUAUUAUGAUGGAUUUGAAGAAGUGUUGUAAUCAUCCAUACCUAUUUCCGGCAGCUGCUCAAGAAGCUCCAACAUCAAACAAUGGAAGUUAUGAAAUUGGUGCACUUACAAGAGCAGCUGGAAAACUUGUUUUACUAUCUAGAAUGCUUAAAAAACUUCAAGAAACAAAUCAUCGGUAAUUAAUUACUGUUAAUUAAAUAAUUUUGCACAUUUUAAUAUUUUGAAUAUUUCAGUGUUCUGAUAUUUUCCCAAAUGACAAAAAUGUUGGAUAUUCUUGAAGAUUAUCUAGAAGGAGAAGGGUAUAAAUAUGAAAGAAUUGAUGGUUCCAUCACAGGAAACCAAAGACAAGAAGCUAUUGACAGAUUCAAUGCCCCUGGUGCUCAACAAUUUGUUUUCUUACUCUCUACAAGGUAAUUUUUAUUGUAUUAUUAUUUUUUAGUUUAAUUAACUAAUGUUUUAUUUUCAAGGGCUGGUGGAUUAGGUAUUAAUUUGGCAACUGCCGAUACUGUUAUAAUUUAUGAUUCUGAUUGGAAUCCUCAUAAUGAUAUUCAGGCUUUCUCAAGAGCUCAUCGUAUUGGUCAAGCUAAUAAGGUAAUAUAAAAUAUAUUUAUUGUAUAUACUAAUUUCUUUACUUUUGAAAUUAAAAUUCAUAUUAUCUUUUAGGUUAUGAUUUAUCGUUUUGUAACAAGAAAUUCAGUUGAAGAACGAGUUACACAAGUAGCCAAAAGAAAAAUGAUGUUAACUCAUUUAGUAGUACGACCUGGUAUGGGCGGAAAGCAAACCAACUUCACUAAACAAGAGUUGGAUGAUAUAUUACGUUUUGGUACUGAAGAAUUAUUUAAAGAAGAAGAGGUAAAUAAUAACACUAUUAAGAAUUAUGGUUACAAGUAAAAGUUCAGUAUUAUUGAAAUGUUUUAUAUUUUUAUAUUAGGGUAAAGAAGAAGAAGCUAUUCAUUAUGAUGACAAAGCUGUUGAAGAAUUAUUGGACCGUUCAAAAAUUGGUAUCGAACAAAAAGAAAACUGGUCAAACGAGUAUCUAUCUUCAUUUAAAGUUGCCAGUUAUGUCACUAAAGAAGAAGACGAAGAAGAAGAAGCUAAUACAGAAGUUAUAAAACAAGAAGCUGAAAAUACUGAUCCUGCAUAUUGGGUUAAAUUAUUACGUCAUCAUUACGAACAACAUCAAGAAGAUAUUUCUAGAACAUUGGGUAAAGGAAAACGUGUUCGGAAACAGGUAAAUUAAAUAUUAAUUAUAAUUGUAUUAUUAUAUAAUUCUCUUAAAUUUAUUUUAUAUUACAGGUUAAUUACAAUGAUGGAGGUGGUGUAGUAGAUUCAACUCGUGAAGAUACUACUUGGCAAGAAAAUCUAUCUGAUUACAAUUCAGAUUUCUCUGCCCCAUCAGGUAUGAUUUCUGAAAUUCAAAAAAUUCUUUUUUGUUUCUGAUAUUUUUUAAUUUAAAGAUGAUGACAAAGAAGAUGAUGACUUUGAUGAAAAGGAUGGUGAAGCUGGUAAAAAAAUUAAACGUAAACCAGAAAGAAAAGAAGAAAGAGAUCGACCUUUGCCUCCUUUGUUGGCUAGAGUUGGUGGAAAUAUUGAAGUUAGUAUCUUUGUUAAGCACAUUUUGUAAAUUGAUACAAUUUCCAAAUUUAGACCAUUUGACACUAAUAUUUAGAAAUUUUGUAUUUUGUGUUGGACUAUUUGGAAAAUUAAAUGAAAGAGAUAUAGAAUAAAAGCAUAAAAAGUGUUUUGCUUUUAUUAAAGGCCUUGUUCUACAUCAAAAAUUCUAUAGUAAUUUUAAAAAAAUAUAAAUUAUUUUUAUUAUAAAGUAUUUAAGAGCCCAAAGAAAAGUAAUAGUCUUACCUUUUUAAUUAAGAUAUUUUUCCUGUACAUUUUCAACUUGAAUAACUGAUUGUAUUCAUGUUAAGACAAAAAACUACACUAGAACAAAUAAAGUUGUUUAUGUGUAGUCAAAUUAUUUUGUUAAUUUUAUUAUACAAAAAAAAAAAAUACUUUCCUCUUAACACUUUUUUAUUACUAUUUCUUGAUAUAAACAUUUUUUUUUUUUUCUCUAGGUACUUGGAUUUAAUGCAAGACAGAGGAAGGCAUUCCUUAAUGCAAUUAUGAGAUAUGGAAUGCCACCUCAGGAUGCUUUUAACUCUCAGUGGUAUGACAAUUUAUUUCUAUUGUUCUUAUUUAUAGUAGAUUCAUAACAGUUAUUUUUGUAUAAUAUGAAAUUAGGCUUGUAAGGGAUUUAAGAGGAAAAUCAGAAAAAAAUUUUAAGGCAUAUGUCUCAUUAUUUAUGCGCCACUUAUGUGAACCUGGUGCUGAUAAUUCUGAAAAUUUUGCUGAUGGUGUGCCUCGUGAAGGUUUAAGUCGACAACAUGUACUCACUAGAAUUGGGGUUAUGUCGUUAAUUCGUAAAAAAGUAAAUAUUUUAAUAAUAUUCAACAUUAUUAUCAUGUUAAAUAAUUUUAAUUUUUAGGUUCAAGAAUUUGAAGAAAUAAAUGGUUUCUACAGUAUGCCGGAGCUUAUUCGUAAGCCUAUACAGACAAUUAAAGCAGCUGAUGCAUCUACUAGUUCAACUCCAGUACCACGUUCUGAAGCUUCAACACCAACAACUACUGUUUCAGAAAAAGCUGAACCUGAAACUGAAAAUAAAACUACAGUUAGUAAAAUAUGUGAUUAAUUAGAUAUUGUUUUGAAAUUUCAUUAAUUUAAUGUUAUGUAAUUAUUUUUAAGGAAACUGAUGUGAAAUCAAAAGAAACACUAGCGACUACUGAUAAGGCAAAUGAGAUUAAACAUGAAGAAGGGACAACCACAGAGGGGGUUGUUGUUAAAAUCGAAAAUGAAUUAUCUGUCAAAUCUGAAGUCCAAGAAGAACAAAAAGAAGAAAAAGUAAGUAAAAAAAGGGAAUUUAACAAGGAAAUUAAUUCAUAAAUUAUAAAAAAAAAAUUUUAUCACAUGAUGUACAAUUUAUGUGUAAUGAAAUUUCAUGAUAUAUUUCCUGAUAAAUCAAAUUUUUAAAUUGUUAGUUCCUUAACAAUAAUACAAUUUAAAAAAUACUAUUUGAUAGUAAAAAAAAAAUACAUAAAAUGAUGAUAAAUAAUGUCAAUGAAUGUUAAUGAUAUUUUGACGCUAGAUAGUAUCUGAUAAAUAUGUAUUAUUUGAGUAAAUUUGUCAAAAGAUUCAGUUAUAGUUGUAAUAGGCAUAGAUUGUCACACAUUAUUAUUAAUAAUUAAUAUAAUAAUUUACUAAUUUAUUAAUCAGAUAUGAUGAAAUAUUUUUGUUCAAUGAAUAUUAUUGAUGCAUUUAUUGCUAGAUAGUAUCUGAUCUGAUAAUUAUGUAAUAGUAUUCAUAUUUUAUGUAUUACAUUUUUUUAAAUUAUCCUUUUAGGAACCUAUUAAAGAAGAAACUAAAGAAGUACCAGUCGAUCUUCAAAAAGAAAAACCAAAAGAAGAAAAUUUAUCUGAGAAAGAAACUACCCCUCAAGAUAAUGAAACUGUUGAAGUUAAGACUGAACAACCUGAUGUUUCAUCAACUGAACAAAAAGAAACUAUUUCAGAAGAAACUUCUGAAACUGUUAAGAAAGAAGAAAUAAACGAAACUGAAUCUUCCACAACAGAGACAAAAGAAGUAUAUUUUUUUUUCUUGUAGUCUUUUAUAAUCAAUGUUUUUUUUUACUGUACAAAAAUUCUAUCAAAAAUCUUGGUCUGGAGUAUCGAGUAUAGAACAUCUUCUGAAAAAUAAUUUUCCUUUGGUGAUACUUUAGUGAGGUCAUUUUCUGAUUAUCCCAGAAGUUUUUUCAAUAAAUAGGAAAAAUUUACAGACGUAAUAUUUUUAAUAUUUUCAAUUUUGUUUUUUUAUUGUAAUUCAGUAAAAAUUAUGAGUACAGAUUUUAAAUUUUGACAAAAACAUUAUGUUUGCCUUUUUCAGACAUGGUAAAAUUUUCAAAACAUUAGAGACAUUUUAAUUUUGCGAGUUUUUUAUGUAAUAUUUAUUCGGUAGGUACUUUGUGGAUAAAAUUGUUAGACCAAACUGAAAUGCUCGACUAUUAAACUGGAGGUUCAUUAUAAGUUGUACUUAGUGGUCUACAAGAAAAAUUUGAGUUCAAUACAAUAUAUAUUUUGUAUAGGUAUUUUUUUUAUCAAGUUUUCAUCAAAAUUGUAAAUAUUACAGCCUUUUAAACAUCUAUAACCAAGCUCAGCUCAGAAUCAUUUUUCGUAACCAAAAAUUACUCAUUGCAUACAGAUAGAAAUUAAAUUCUCAUCUACAACAGUGGCCCACCAAUCAUCCAUCAUUUUUUAUUAACAUUUUUUUUUUUAAAUUUUAUUAUUUAGGAUCAAAAGAAAACAGCCGAAGCUUCAGCAAAAUCACAGCAGGCUGAAGAUGAAGCCAAGAAAAAAUUAUUAGAAGAAUCUGAAAGAGCCAAAGUUGCAGCUGGUAUUGGAACUGAAAAUGAUAAAGAAGACAAAAUUACUAGAAAGUUCAUGUUUAACAUUGCUGACGGGGGUUUUACUGAACUUCAUACUUUAUGGGUAAAUGAAGAAAAAGCAGCAGUUCCUGGACGUGAAUAUGAAAUCUGGCAUAGGAGGUAUGAUUUUCACAUAAAAUAUUAUUUAUAAAUUCUGCUUUACUUAAUAAUUUUGUUUAUUGAAGGCACGAUUACUGGUUAUUGGCUGGUAUUGUGACACAUGGGUAUGGACGUUGGCAAGACAUUCAGAAUGACAUCCGUUUUGCUAUUAUCAAUGAACCAUUUAAAAUGGAUGUAGGUAAAGGUAAUUUCUUAGAAAUCAAGAACAAAUUUUUGGCCAGGAGGUUUAAAUUACUAGAACAAGCUCUGGUUAUCGAAGAACAACUUAGACGGGCUGCCUAUUUGAAUCUGACGCAAGAUCCAAAUCAUCCGGCUAUGUCGUUGAAUGCUCGGUUUGCUGAAGUUGAAUGCUUAGCAGAGUCACACCAGCAUUUGUCUAAAGAGAGUUUGGCUGGCAAUAAACCUGCCAAUGCCGUUCUUCAUAAAGUAUAUUUAUAUUUAAAUUAGUCUCAAAAUAGUUAUAAUUGAAAUGUGGGUUUGGUUUGUGUGUAUAUUUAGGUGUUAAAUCAACUAGAAGAACUUUUAUCAGAUAUGAAAUCUGAUGUUAGCCGAUUGCCUGCGACAUUGGCUCGUAUACCACCAGUUGCCCAGCGACUUCAAAUGUCCGAAAGAUCGAUAUUAUCACGUUUAGCUGCUACCACAUCUUCAGCUUCAUCUACCUCCCAGCAGCAACCUGGAGGUAGAAUAUUAAAAAAUUUAAAGAUAUAAAUAAUAAAUCAAUAAUUCAUGUAUAUUUUUAGUUGGGACCAUAAGCAAUCAAUUCCCUAAUGGAUUUCAAAAUGGACAAUUAAAUGGUACAUUUGGUAAUACUAAUUUCACCAACUUCAGACCCCAAUAUUCAGUUCCCGGACAACAGACAUCAUCAUCAUCAAGCACUGCAUAACUGAAAAUUUAUAUUCAUCAAAAACCUUUUUUUUAUAUAUAUAUUUGUAUUAUUUUGUUUCUAGAUCUCUCCAACUAAAACAAAAUCAAUUACACAAUUUAUUUAAACUUGUUUCGAGUUACAAUGGUACAAUCUCACCGACUAUUUUUCAUUUUCUUAUCUAAUUGACUACCAAGGUUUCAGUUUCUAUUGAACAUAGUAAACAUUUAUGAGAAUUGUCCUUUUUGUCUGGAAAUUAGUCACCAAAUAUUUUUCACUGUCUAAAAGUCUCUAACAUUGUACAUACAUUUUUAUGAUCAAUAUAAAAUGGAAAAUUACAUUAGACUAAAAUGUAUUUACUUAAAUUUUUUUAUGAUAAUUUAAUUUUUUU